GCCCCGCCCUCUGUCCCCGCUUCUCCCCAGCUCCGGGCGGAAGUCCCGCCUCCUCCGCCUAGUCAAGCGUCAAUCGGCCGUCCUAUCCUAGGGAGGACUGGCGAGGGACCGCCACGCUGCCUUCCCCGAUUCUCUGCAAAGGCAGUCGCCGUAGCUCGCUAGGAGCUUUAGUCUCCCUGGACUCGGCCGCGUCGCCUCAGCUCGGAGAACGCCUCCACCUACUCCGUGCCCGGGGAGGGAAGAGGGCGUAUGCAAACAACCUGGAGCUCCAAGCUCCUGAUUGGCGGCGGCGGCGGCGGGCGCCGGGGCGGCGCGAGGAUGGGCACGCAGGGCAGCCCGGUGAAGAGCUACGACUACCUGCUCAAGUUCCUGCUGGUGGGCGACAGCGACGUGGGCAAGGGCGAGAUCCUGGAGAGCCUGCAGGACGGCGCGGCCGAGUCCCCGUACGCCUACAGCAAUGGGAUCGACUACAAGACGACCACCAUCCUGCUGGACGGCCGGCGUGUCAAGCUGGAGCUCUGGGACACGUCGGGCCAGGGCAGGUUCUGUACCAUCUUCAGGUCCUACUCCAGGGGUGCCCAGGGCAUCCUCCUGGUGUACGACAUCACCAACCGCUGGUCCUUCGACGGCAUCGACCGCUGGAUCAAGGAGAUCGAUGAGCAUGCACCUGGGGUCCCUCGGAUCUUGGUUGGGAACCGGCUACACCUGGCCUUCAAGCGGCAAGUCCCCACGGAGCAGGCGCGCGCCUACGCGGAGAAGAACUGCAUGACCUUCUUUGAGGUCAGCCCACUGUGCAACUUCAAUGUCAUCGAGUCCUUCACAGAGCUGUCGCGCAUCGUGCUCAUGCGGCAUGGCAUGGAGAAGAUCUGGAGGCCCAACCGAGUGUUCAGCCUGCAGGACCUCUGCUGCCGCGCCAUCGUCUCCUGCACCCCCGUGCACCUCAUCGACAAGCUCCCGCUGCCCGUCACCAUCAAGAGCCACCUCAAGUCCUUCUCCAUGGCCAAUGGCAUGAACGCUGUCAUGAUGCACGGCCGCUCCUACUCCCUGGCCAGCGGGGCCGGCGGUGGCAGCAGCAAGGGCAACAGCCUCAAGAGGUCCAAGUCUAUCCGCCCUCCCCAGAGCCCACCCCAGAACUGCUCGAGGAGCAACUGCAAGAUCUCCUAGCAGAUCCAGGCGGGGCACUGCCCUGUACAGACUCAGAGGGCUCGCGGGGAACGCUCCUGGACGCCAGGCCAGGCUGCGUGCAGGGAAGACUCGGCCACAGGGCCCUGCCUAGGGAGCCUGGGUUUUCCUCCACACCUGAGCUGGGUGAAGGGGAGGAGCGUGUGCAGAGAGCGCGCUCGCAGGUGGUGGAGAGCAUGCUGCAGGGCAGCUGGGCUGCUGGUGCUACGGGGAAUCUGUCCGAAACAAACCCAGGACUCCGGGGGCGCCUGGGCUCCGGCAGGAGGGAGUCUGGCUCGCCUUUCUUAUUUAUAUAGAGAACAUUUCACCUGUUUUGUACAUUUUUAAGGGGCCUUCAGGGAAGCGUGGAUGCAGCCACGUGGCAAGCUUGCCUCUGCGUGGUCUCGUCAGCCACAGGGAUGAGCCUGAGACAGCUCGGGAAGGAGAUGUGAGGCGGUCAUGGGAAGGGGUGGGCUGUCAGAGCUGGAAUCCUCCUUGGAACUUGGGGUGGGGCUGCCCAGAGACCUGCGGGGAGCAGGCAGCCAAAUGCGCCGUCCGGGAGCUCUGGCAGCAGGCACUGGAUGUGGUCCUGUGCCACGCCAGGCCUGGGUGACUCACUGCAGAGGGGAGGGGUACUCGGGAGCCCCCGUCUUUGUCACUCUAUGGGUCCCUCCCCACAUGGGGCUGAGAAUCUUCCUGCUGUGGUUUGAUGCCUUCAGUGACGUGGACGACACAGCACUCAGGCAUCUCUCCAGUGUGAAGACGCAGAGCCGUCAGUCCUCGCUGGGGUCCUGACGUCUGGACCCCUGGGCACGUCCGUUCCGCCUUCUGUUCGCCAACCCUGGAUGUGUCCCCUCAUUGCUGCUUACCUGUCACUGCCCUUCUGCCCGUGAGGUCACACAUCGCCACGACCAUUCUGACCUAGUCUUUACUGUCACCACCUGAACAGCCUCGUCCACGCCGUGGCUGGUGCUGGAGGCCACACCCUCUUCCAGGACCACUAGCGUCGCCUUUGUGCUGGAGGCCCAGGCACAGCAGGGCCUGGUCACUGCUCCUCCGAAAGCCAUCGACCCUCCCUCCACAGUGCUGCUCUGCCAGCGACCGAGGGCAGUGUCAGCAGUGCCUGCUCUCCCUCCCCGCUGCAUCGGCCCCACCCGGCCUGGUGACCCCCUGUGGGCUGCACUGGUGCUCAACUCUACCUCCCGCCCUCGGGCUCCCCAGCCACAGGCAGGGGCCGGCACGCAGAAGGAGCCCUCCGUGGGCUCGUGACCUCGCCUCACCAGGGACUCCUCACAGCGUGUUUCUGAGACAGUCCUGCGGUGGGUGUCACCGGGCUCCAGUGGACUCGGAGCCUCAGGGCCUGCUGUUCCGGGAGGCGAGGGCUGUGGGCCACGUGAGCUGCCGGAUGAGCAAGGGAGCCAAGCUGGACGGCCCCUGUGGCAGCCACUGAGGACUCGGGCCCCAGGCCUGACCACCACUGGGGCUGGGCAGAGGCAGCCCAGCCUAUCUGUCUUGUUACUGCCCACAGGGCCCCUUUCUUUGGAAUUUGUGAACAAACCGCAGGGACUGAGGGCCAGGCAGUCUGCGUUCACAACGUCAACACUACCCUUGCUGCUGUUUGACCCUUGGGCCGUUCCUGGGUUAUUUGUGAACUGUUCCUAUCUCUUUGUACAGUGAAUACAAUUCAGCUGUGA